UAUGAACGUCGAUCUUAGAGAAGUUCACACUCAACACGGCAUAUCUCGCUGGUAACGAGAAGUCCUAAUAAUUUCGUUAUAAGCAUCAAGGUUCGGUUUUUAGCAAUCCUUUUCGCCACACUCCCUGCUAUCGUAUGUCCAUCACAUGCCACACAGUCUUUCUCGGUUAUUUCUCUCUUUUUAUCUGCUUAUUACCACCGUGACUCUGGUAGUUUCUGCUCAACAGCAAGUCGUCCUUGGGAGUACCAAUCCAGAUAUCGUCUACCUUCCCUCACUAUGCAAUGUUUCAAAUACGGGAUGCUUCAGUGCAUGGCAGCAAAUAUACGUCGACUGUCCUAGCAUUAACGGAACUCCGGUGAUUGUUACUAGUACAACGGGCCCAAUACCACAAACCGGGAACACCGUACCCCAGUUGUUUUUGACCUUUAGAGCAUCAACGCUAUAUCUGCGCACAUCUCCCCUUUCCAAUGCGACCGUCAAUUUCUCUUUAACCGCUGAUCCGAGCGGCGUCACAAUUACAAAACAGGUCAAUACUAACAUCAGCCUUAUCAUCGCCGAUAACCUGCCCGAGUCACAGACGACGACAUUAGGCGUCACAUUCCUCCAAUCGCUUUCUCCCACCCGUUUUGAUGUUGAGUCGAUCACGCUCAAUGUCACGAACAGUAGUGCGACCUCCUCUUAUCUUCCAGCACCAACAUUGCCCAUAUCAAGUUUCCCUCCGAGCCUUUCGCCCUCCUCGACGAACACAGUAAUUUCGAAUACCAGCCAGCGAACAGGCAUCAUCAUCGGUGCGACUUUAGGCGGGGUGCUUGGUUCUUUGGUCAUAUCAAUAGCAGGGUUUUUUGUUUAUCGGAGGUGGCGAAGGCGACAAAUAUGGCGGUCAGAGGUAGAUGUAGGAACAUACCCGAUGAGACGACGGACGGCGACUCGGUGAUUGUGAUAUACCCUAUACUUAUGUCGAGACUUCGGAUUUUGAUAUAGAUACUGGACAUCUUAUUUGACACACUGUAAUUUAUUGCAUAACUGAUCA